UCUGAGUAAGACAGAAAUUCCAAUCCCCGACAUCAUCGAUUGUUGCUUUGAGUGAAUGGGACCGAUAGAACACGCCGGACACUAGCUUGCCAGCAGUUUAAGUGUUGGAAUGAUUUUAUCAAACUCCAGAUAACCACCUGAUAUUAAAAAUGACAGAUUACGUCGAGGAGCAAAGGAAUGAACUUGAAGCCAUAGAAUCAAUCUAUCCCGACUCCUUUACAGUGCUGUCAGAAGACCCCACCAGUUUCACCAUCACUGUUAUGUCAGACGCAGCUGAAAAUGGGGACACUGUAGAAGCAACUUUAAAGUUUACAUAUGUAGCAAAAUACCCUGAUGAGCCCCCACUGUGGGAAAUCUACUCCCAAGAAAAUCUGGAAGAUGGCGACAUGGAAGACAUUCUCACCCUGUUGAACCAGCAGGCCGAAGAGAACCUGGGGAUGGUGAUGAUUUUCACCCUGGUGACAGCUGUUCAGGAGAAACUUAAUGAAAUUGUGGAUGCAAUGAAAAACAGACGAGAAGAGGAAAAACUCCGCAAAGAAAAGGAGGCAGAGGAAGCAGAAAAGGUGGCAUUCCAAGGUACAGUGGUGACAAUUGAAAACUUCUUAGCAUGGAAAGCCAAGUUUGACCUGGAGAUGGCAGAGUUCAGACAAAAAAAACAGAAAGAGGAGGAGCAGGCUGGAAAACCUAAACUUACUGGGAAACAGCUGUUUGAGAGAGAUCAUAACCUUGACACAUCAGACAUUCAGUUCCUAGAAGAUGGAGGAAACAACGUUGAAGUGGAUGAGUCACUGUUCCAGGACAUUGAGGACUUGGAUUUGGAUGAAGAUGGUCCAACCUUUGAUCCUUUAGAGAUGGACAGUGAUUAAGACUAAAGCUGCCAAAAACAAUAGACUAUUAAAACCCUCAGAGAACACUGCUCUACUCAUACUUUCACUUGACUAGAUCAUUUUUGGAGAGUCUUGAAGAAAAUAGGGCACAUCUUUAUUACAAUAUAAAACGUAAAUAAAGAAAACAUUUUCAAAAA